AUGUGCUGCCAAGCGCGCCUCUGUCCGGCUGCCAGACUGAUGGGAUCCUGCAUCGCGGUUCGCUGGAUCGCCAGGCCCGUUGGAGACAGAGACCAGAUCGACCGGGCUCAAGUUGUCGUCGGGCUGCCCUCUGCCCGACUGGUCGCCUGUGCGUCCGUUGCCCUCGAGACUUUUAAGCUUCACAUUUGUUACCUUCUGCUAUAUCCUCUUCACCGCGACUCCGGCUUUAGUCUUCGAAGAGGAAGUCACUACUGCCCGUUUGAGCUGUUAACUCUGCCGCUGCAGUCGGCUCGUACAACCGGAAGUACCACAGCAAGUUCCUUCGACAACUCGGAAGGAGCCAGCUACUCCAGGCAACGACACAGCGAGAGCGAGCGAGCGAGAGAGAGUGUGUGA